GUUACUUAUAAUUUUGUAAUCAGUCAAGUUGAUUUUAUCCAAUACCAAGUGGAACUGAAGGCGGUAUACACAUCAUGUAACCAAGAUUGUAGCAUGGUAAGUUAAUCUGUGAAUCCACUUUUAAACGUUGUGAUAGGUUGCUCCAUUUUCAAAUACUUUAUUUUGGUUAAAUAAUGUAUGCAGGGGUUCUGUGCUUUAAUUUGUUUUCUCCAGUUUACCAGUACUACUAUUAGUACUAGUACUAAUACUAAGGAGUCAAUAAUUUUUACACCUACGCUAAGUCUGUUAUCAACCAAGCCUACAAUUGUAUAUUUCUCUUAAUUCUAUCCAGUUCACACUGUGAAGGUUUGGAAGAUACACGUCUCCUUGCAUUAUGCGGAGCUUCCAUUAUAACGAUAAGGCAUCUUGUGAAUAAACGGCAGCACACUUUCGAAUUUUCAGCCUUAUUUCUGUUUUCUUUGUUUGUUUUUUUUGUUGUUUCUUUUGAUACACCGUUUUUCUUAUAAUCAUCAUCACCAUCAAUAAUUAAUAAUAUUUAUUUCUUGCAAAUUCAAUAUUUCAUGGAAUAAAUAUAUAAUGAAAUGGCAAUGAUCAAGUCAUCGUAUAUAUAUAUAUAUAUGUGAGUGAGAAUACAUAAAUAUUAUCAAGAGAGAAAAGUCCUUUUUCAACUCACUUGCACUUUUGUUUUCUCCGUCGAUAUAUUUCAGAUCAAUCAGCUGUCAAUACACAAAUAUUAAAAAAAAAUAAUAAUAACAAUAAGAAUAAUGAAGACAAAUGCUUUUGAUAUACUAUCCUGUUUAUCAAACUUUAUUAUACCAUGUUUUGCUGCUACAGAACUUAUGGAGACAUAAUCCUUCACAUUGAUAUCAAUUCAAACGAUUAAAUUACUCUCCUGUUUUCUAUUCAACCAACCGAAUACACCUAGUGUUGUGUUGUGUUGUGUAUACAUAAUUUUACAAAUAUUAACAUUAAAUCUGGAAGCUACCUGCUUUAUAUAAUUCAAUAAAAACUAAUCUACUACUAACCAUGUCUACUGAUAAAUUGCAUAAAUCUGAUGAAUGCGCUCAAAUUGAACAACAAGUAGUUAAAGAAAAACUAAUUGAAGAUGAUUACAAAGUCAAAUUACAUGAUGAUGAUGAUGAAGUCUACAAAACUCUAACAGAUCCUGUCUGUGAAAAAUCAAAAUUAUCCGAUGUUUGGGAGACUAGUCAUACACCGCCAUUAGAAUCAACAUUGACAAAAAGUCCAAUGAAAUCUAGUAAUACAAAUUUAGACGACAAAAUAGGUAGUCAUGACGAUCCUGGUAUUGAUGAAGACAAUAAACAUAAAUUAUCAUCUAGUAGUGAUCUAAUGAAAGAUAAUUCGAAUUAUCGAAUGACAGACGAUUAUGAAACCUAUUUAUCGUGUAUUGAAAAGGAUAUUUGUACAGAAUUUGAUAAUCCAAUGUAUAUACCGAUUAAAUUACCGUUAAGCAGUAAUUUAUACGUUCCAGUAUAUUAUGUACAGUCAAGUGAAGAAGCUUCACCUAAAUCACAUAAACAUAAUGUGGAUUAUAAUGAUAGUAAUAUUAAUAAUUCAACGGUAAGUCACAAGUUUAUAUUGUCUGAUGAUAAUACUUAUCUAAGAGGAAAUGAUUCACCUGCUGCUAGACUAGAAGCUGAUCAUCACAUAAAUACUAAUAAUCAGGGAUAUGAUAACUAUGUAUUACCGCACUACACAUCUGAAAUUAGUCCAGAUCACUGUGAUUUAAAGUUGUGUCAGGUAGAGAUGACAUCUGAUCAACUGCCAGUGAAUCUAAAGCAUUCAGGGAAAAAAUUAAGAUCAAAAUCCGAUAAACCGGCUAAAGAAAAGACUAUUUUCAAGAAGACUAAGUCAAAGACCGAAAAAUCAAAAGAUGAACAGUCCACGCCUAUCUCAAAGAACAAGGAACGACAUAAAGAUACUACUGGUUGUUCGCCAAGAUUAAAAAUAAAAAAGAAGGUCAGAAAUAACAAUGAUAAGGAGAAAAUCAAACGGGAGACAUCGAAAAAAGACAGUUUCAGGGAAGUAAGUGAGAAGUCAGAAGACAAUCAAGGUUUCAUCGACAUCCAAAACGACACUAUGAGCAAUAAACCUAUGCGUAUUAAAAGAGGUGGCAAAACAGCUGUCGAUAAAAAGAAAAACAGCAAGAAAUUAUUCCACAAAACGACGCCAAAUUCCAAACAAGACGACUACACAAUAAGUGUAGAACAUCAAGGAGACGACAGUGAUCUCAGGGAAAAGUCGAAAAACAAAAUCAAACAGCCGAAAAAUUGGAAAAUAUGCGUCCCUAACAGAAGUCACAAAAUAAAUAAAAACAUCACGCCAAUAAAAGUAAAAAACCAAACAAAUCAAGAAAAUCAACCAACACAAGAAAUAUACGAAACAGAUGUAAAUGAAAAUUUACCCACCACAAAAAUUCAAAGCACAAAAGAAUUCAUUAUAGAACAAGAAAACAAAACAAAUAAAAACGCAGACACAAACAUCAAACCAAAAAUCAAACUCAGAUUCCCUGAAAGACAGACGAAAUUAAAAGCAUCGAAAGCUGGUGUGAAGGUGGAGGGAGAGGGAGGUGCGAAGGUAGAUUUGGACGCCGGACUGGACGCCCACAUUGAUGGCAAAGCAAGCAAAGGAGGUAAGAAAUUCCACUGGUCUCCGAAGUUCGGGUUCCCGAAGGGUGGUCUGAAGAUAGGUGGUGGUGCCAAAAAGCCGGACGCCUCAAUAUCUGUCUCGGCUCCGACUGGUGGUGUUGAUGUCUCAGUUCCGAAACCCGAUCUCGACGUCUCCUUGGAGGUUCCUGAUGUGGAGGUAUCUGCGUCUGUGCCGGAAAUCGGCGUGUCAGGUGGUGCAGGUAGAGGUGGAGAGUUGGGAGUGACUGGACAGGUCUCGGCUCCCGAUGUGGACGUCAGUGUUCCAUCGAAGAAGUUCACCUUCGGUUGGGGCUCCAAAGGCAAGAAGGCGAAGAAGGCGAAGUUGCCGAAGGUGUCGGGAGACAUAGGUGCUGGUGUCGAUGUCAGUGGGAAGGUUGAUGUUCCGAGUGUUGAGAUUGAUUUGGUUGGUGGUUCCCCUGUUGUUUCUAAAAAAUCGCGGUUUUCUUCUCGGUUUCCUUUCUCGCGUGGCUUGAUUGUUACUAAGUCGAAAAAACCUGUUGUUCGCUUUGAUCCUACUGUUUCUCUUCCUUCUGGUGAUUAUCUGUCUUGUUCUCCUACGAAGUCUAAAGAUUCACCUUCUUCUUCUGUAGAUACUUCUUAUGAUGAUUCUGCUAUAUCUCCCGAUUUCAUGAAAUCUGUUCUUUCUGAUGAAGAGUUCAUUCCUCCUGUUGUUUCCUUUAAAUCUUCGGCCACUCACUCAUCACGUGAACUGUUGAAAUUGGAUGACAAAUCGAAGGUUAAAUCUGCCUCCAAUGACUUUGUUGACGAUGCCGUCAUAGCAGAAGAACCUGUUAUUUCCCCUGUAUGUACUACUAAGUCUUUCAACUCGGAUGCAUUUAAUGCACGCUUUUCUCCACCCGACGCCUUUCAGGAAAUCACUGAAAGCUUUUCCUCUCCUGUGGAUUCUGGAAUCAACGGUGAUGCUUCGAAUGAUGAAACAGUUUCAGCAGAAAUUGAUGAAAUUUUGAUCGUCCCUAUUCAUUGUGAUCGUGUCCUACCAAAAGAGGAUAUUUCUUCGGAAGGGUUUUCAUGUGAAGAACAUUCAGAGGUAACAAAUUAUCCUGUUAGUAAUCGCGAUGCAUUGGUUGAUUUUAAAGCUGAUUAUCAGAAUUCAGAAAGCCCACUUCACACUUCCAAGCAUGUUAAACGAUCGUUUUGGCCGCUCUCACACAAGAAAAUAGAUCUGGGUGACCAUUCAGUUGAAGUUACAAGUAAUCGAAACGAGGAAGGAAAAGAUUCAUCAGAAAUGAAAAAGCAUCAAUAUUUCAAUUUCAAAGAUAAUUCAAAUUCCAUAAAUGUCAAAGUACCGAAAAAGAAACACCGACCUAAACAUAAGGAUAAAACUCAUUCAAGGCCCCAUAUGAAAGAUAAACAUCCUAGGGAAUUACAGGAAUACAAUCAAGGUGAGAUAGCUAUUUCUAUAUCUGAACUAAAUGAUGACCUUACAUCAACCCCACGACGUUCUCCUAGUAAAUUCAGAGACCCUUCCAUUAGGAAAACGUGGCAUGGUGCACAAAAGCCCUACAGUGACUCCACAGAAAACAUCCACUUAGAUGAGAAUGAAUGCACCUUAACAGACGAAAUUUCAGAUGUGUACUUAAAGCCAAGAAAAUUAAAUAAACAUGAAAAUAGUAAUUCUAAUGUAUCAGACUUCCUACGACGAAGUGUAGUUAAUUCAGCUAAACGUCGCCCCUGGAGUACUUUGGAGUACCCACCUCCUGAAUGUCAUUUUGUCGACGAUGACUAUCUAUUUCCAGAUGCUUUAACUCCUACAAAAAUUCCAAGCUUUCGAGCAAGCAAAGAAAUAGUUUACGAUGUACCAUACAUGGAUGAUAAAGCUCUUCCAACCUAUGAACCUGAAUGGCCUUUGGGUGAAUCAAGGAGAACAUUAAUUUCUCAACUAUCUCAAAAUAGUCUUAGUAUGGUACGGAUAACAGCUGAAGAAGAAAGCAGUCUUAUAUCUCUUGAUACUAAAUUAUCUGAUGAACAAAAUGCAUCAAAAAGAAAAAGUCGAUUUACAUCACAUUUUGGUAAAAACAAUAAAAAGUCUUCAUCAACUCGUCAUGAUUCAAAACCUCGAUCGAAAAGCUCAAAUAGGCUAUUAACAUGGUGGUCUAAACAUAGUUCAACAAAUAAAUGAUGAAAUUAAUUAGUUAUUCAAUAUUCAAUAGUUCACAAUCAAAUUUUUUUUCUAAAGCCAUCACGACAACAACAACAACAACAGAUAAUCGUCUACUACUGGUGACAAAUUUAAUUUCGCCUAAUAAAAAAAACAGUUUGUCUAUUUUUGUCAUUUUGGAAAUUAUUCAAUUCAUAUUUUUUCAUAAAACAGAGCCUACAAUAUACUCAACCUUAAUGUCGUGAAUGAGUAUCUCCUAAGCUUGAAAGUCGAUCAAUCAAAUCAAGCAAAUAUAUAAAAUACACAUAGAAUUUUCACUAUCACUGCCGCUAAUACACUGCCGUUACUGAUGCUGAGACACACAGCCCUUCAGUCAUCAAUCAAUCCCGUUAUAGACAGAAAAUAACUUUACAAAACUACUAAUUAUUGCUACAUCAAGAUUAUCGAUAAUAAUGAUGCUGAUGAUGAUGACAAUGACUCUUGGUAAACAUGAGAAAUAGAUACGCAUAGAUAUAUGUUAUCCCCACCUAGCACAUACAUACACACACACACUCACUGACCCUCCCUUCCUGUCUUGCACGCACAUACAUCUAUUUAAUAAUCACUUUGUACUCAUACACCAUUGUACACCUUGAAAUACUUACUACCUAGUAUAAAAAUGCAAUUGGAUCAGAAAACUGGAGAAUGACAAUUUGAACCACCUUGAACUUUCGUUAUAUACACUUUUUUUUUCUCUACCUUUUUCUUUCUGGUUUUGUUUUCUGAGAUCUAUAAAAAGGGAAGAUAAACAACACUCACAAUACAUCCAAAAUGAAGUGUUAUCAACAUUAUUAUUAUUACUAAACUUAAACAAACAAAAUAAGAGUUUUUUCGUGAACAAACAGAUAGUAGUAAGUAUAAUUACAGAUAUGCUCUAUACAUACGUAUAUGCUUGUAUGUAUGUACGCAUGCAUAUGUAUAGUCAGAAUAAAAAACAGUGGUGUUGUGAUUAGGGGUGGUUUAAAGUUGCUCUUUUUUUCGUCAAUCAUAAACAAGUGAAUACAAAGUGUCCCACAACAACAACAACAACUCGCAACGACGUCCCUCCGUCCCCAUUGUGCUCCUCACCCUCCCUCCGUCAACCACAUAGAAAGUGAUGUCUAAGCACAUGUAGAACAAAAAAAGCUACCCUGUAUACCUUUCUCUAUUAUAUUUCUAUAUGCUACAAACUAACUAAGUAAGUAGGUAAGUACCAACAUGAUAUCUCACUAAAUGGAAGCUUUCUUUCUUUGUAUAAAAAAAGCCAGUAACUGAGAUGAAAAUGCUCUGUCGUCUUGUCGUCUUGUUUGUUUGUUAAAAACGUGAGAUCUUUCCAACGCAAACUCAAUGUUGUCAUCAAAUUGACUGAAUCUUCUACUCUCACAGUUUUAUCUGUUUUUCCCCAACACAAAAUUGCCUUCCGUUUUGUUCUCCUUUGUUAGUUCGUUUUUUUUAUAUUUAAAUAAGAAUACAAUGAAAAUAAAGGAGAUGAAUUUUUCUCUGAUUUUGCUUUUUGUUUCUCAUGCUUUUUUUUAAAUUGAAAAAACAACAACAACAACAAAAUUUUACUGAAAACUCAGUGUUUUGACUGUUUAUUAUUAUUAUUUUAUUUUGAUACACAUUCUUACUAUUAUUGAAAUUUACUAAAAAUCAGUCCUUCACAGUAUUUUUGUUACAUCAAUCUUAUCAAAAGCAAUUUUUAACCUUAUUGUGUUUUAUUUUGUCUAAACAAAUUCAUCUUCUGUGUUUUCAAUCUUGAAUAAAUCACCCCUUUGUUUUGUCCAUCACUCCCACCACACCGUUUCAUGUUUUUUUUUUAUUAUUUUGAGUCGUUUACUAUCGCCUACUCAACAAAAUUAACUACUCGCAAUUGUUACUGUUACUUUUUUAAUUCUUCUUUGUUAUGUUAUGUCUUGGAAAUUACUUUCUACAUGCGUUAAUACUCUACUAAUGAUAACAAUACUUAGCAUACAGUGGCUUUUUUGACAGCCUUUGAAGGAAGGAAGUGAGGAAGGAAGGAAGACUGGAAGGCGUUUCACUUUCUACUGUCAUAUUGAUGACGAUUUCAUCAUCAUGUAACCGGUAGACACAAAAUCCCCACACCCCACCCGACCACAACCACCAAAAUAUAUCUCCCUGUCAUCUUAAUUUGAUUGUUUUUGGUUUUUAUUUUCGACUUUAUUAUUAUUUGUUUAAAAAUUUAUGUAUUUCUAUGACCUAUGACCUAUGGUGUGUGUUGACAGCUUUAUUUGUGUAUCUGUGUUGUAUGUAUGUAUGAAUGCUGGUGUGUGUGCGUGUGGAUUCAUUAAGAGUAACUGUCUAUUCAUGAAUCUUUCUAAACGAUAACUUUUUUCCAUCUCAGAGAACCUCUGUCUUCUGUUAAACACUAAAGAAAAUUAUGAAAUCUCAGCUGUUUGUCUUCCCUUUUUUAUACAUUAUUAUACUUGUAUGUGUUUAUGACACCAACGUUCUCUCUCUCUCUCUCUGAAAGACGAUCGCAUUGUGUUGAAUAUGUCGAUGAUAUACACCUGCACUUUACAAACACAUUUAUGCACACACACACACAAGCACUUUGUACACAAAAUAUACACAAACAUAGAUCAUUUAUGUAUUUCCUAUUUGAUAAUGACGUCUGUUUUUUUCUAAAGCGUUCGCUUGCAAUAAAUAUAUAUAUAAGUAUGUUAUAUUUAUUUAUACCUAUGAGUAAUAAUAGUAUGAGUUCAUGUUUUCUCUUCUACUCCUAAUUUGAGAAAUAUCCUGCUUUAUUAUUAUUAUUAUUUUUCCACAUAAUCUGCUCUCUUUCACUUGUGUUGUAUAAAAGAAACGAAAAAACAAACAAACAAUACCUACUUAUAUUACCAUUACAACACUGUUAUGAAUGAAUAGAACAGUAUCAAUACAAUAUCCCCCCCCUACAGACUACUCACACUACCUACUACCAACACAACUACCACGACUACCAUCUUGGAUUUUUGAGCAAGAUAAACAACCAACCCCUCCUCCCCUCUCCUCUACUCUCCCGCUAAAAAACCCACCUCAUCCCACCCCACCAUGUAUUUGUGAUUCAUUUAGUCAUUUGAAUAAUGAUGAUGAUUGUUCAUCAUUACUGUUAUUAUUACUGUUACUAUUAUCAAUACUAUUGUUAUUGUUAUUCAUAUUUUCAUUUAUGAGUACUAAUGAAACAUAAAACAAACACACAAACACAAACUAUUAUUAAAAAUAAAUAAAUAAAUCAGUCAUUUGAUUUGACUGAAAUGCUAUAUGAAGUAUUUACUGACUGUUGCCUUUUUUUUAUUUGUUUUAUCUGUCUGCAUGACGUGAUCCUCUGUUCAGCGAGGCUGACACAAAGUCUGGUAAGAAGAUGUAGCUUAUCUA